AUGGGCGUGCCGUGGGUGAAGCGGCGCGCCGCGGUGCGCGGGCGACAGACGCAGGUGCUAUCGAUGCAGGGCAAGGUCGUCCACCUCUCGAUCGCGGAUCUGCGCGGCACGAAGCGGUACACGAUGGUGCUGGACGGCUCGCCGCAGCGCGGCAAGGGCUUCUGCGGGCUGCCGGUGGAGACGCGAGUCACGCCGCGCGCGGGCGGGCUCGACAUGCGCGAGACCUACUCACAUGCGCUCGGCGGCGCGGAGCACGGCUCGCCGUGCCGUGGCGGCGAACAGCCGACAUUUGUCUCGCGGCGCGAGGUCGUGGGCUCAGGCGAGAUGUGCGUCUCGGUGUCGCGCAAGCUGCCCUGCGGACGGACGGACAAGAAGGAGCUGCGCCGCCUCUCGAGGGAGGUGACGCUCUCGAGCAGCGCGAUGGACUUCUGGGCAGAGCUCUCCCAGAGCCUCCGCCGCAGCAGCGGCGUGCAGGAGAGCACAGCCCGGGAGGAGGAGGAGGAGGAGGAGGAGAAUGAGGAGCCCUUCGGCCGGCUCGACCGUGUGUGGCGCCGCGACGCGCUGCGCGCCCUCGAGGCGCUCGAGAAGGCGCCGGCGCAGCUCGAGGCGGAGGUGCGGCGGCAGAGGCUCGCGGGGCUCCAGGCGGAGCUGGCCACCCUCGGGCUGCAGUCGCGCCGGCCGGCGGCUAUCACGCAGGCGGAGCUGCGGCGUGCUCGCGUGGCGCGGGCGCGCGAGAUCCACCCGGACCUGAGGCGAGGCCGCGAGGCGGCGGGCGCGGGCAGGCGGGGGCUCUUCGGGCGAGGCAGAGGCGCGCGCAAGGGGGCGGGGGAGGGGCGGGCUCAGGGGUCGUCCUUGGCGGAGGGCGGGGAGCAGGGGAGGGAGCGGGAGGACCAGGACCGGAUGAGCGCGCUAAACGCGGCGUACGAGCGGGUCCGGCGCGCGCUGAAGGCGCCCGUGUACGACUGGCGCACGUAG